UCCAAACCACGACAGAAUUCUCUCUUUCUUCUCCAAACAAAGUUUUCUCUCUUUCUUCUCCAAACAAAGUCAAACUCUCUUCUCCACUGAUUUCCAACCUCAUCCAUUCAUCUUUCCAAACCAGGUCACAAUCCAACUUUUCUCUUUACUAUAUCACUAUAGAUCUACUCUAAUUUCAUGUUUAAUUUUUCUUUUCUCUCCUGCAUUUCAAUCGUUGUUACUGUUCCUUUUCUUUUGGCUCAUGAAGAUAUCACAAGUUUCUUUCUUCAUAGCACAAAUUUAUUUCUUUAUGAUUUGUGGGUAAUAUGUUUUCUGAUAAAUUGAGAAAUUUCGAGUCUUUAUUGCUUUCGGGAUCUUUUUGAAAUUUGGAGAUUGAAAAAGAUUCCAUCUUUAUGCCCAAAAUCAGCUGCUGGAAGAAGAGCCCCUAGAUUCUCUGUCUUCAGAUGGCUCCUCUAUGAUUGAUGCUUCUGAUGAAUUCCUGUCAUUAUCGACUAAACUUUUUGAAAACCGAGAAGACCUCAUUAGUGAUGUUCGUAAGAUUGGGUUGUUGCAAGGCUAUGUUAUGGUAAUCAAAAUAUCUAAAGACAAUAGUUAUGUGGUUAUGGGUUGUGAUAGAGGUGGUUGUUAUCGAACCUACUCUACACUUGAGGACAAGAAAAAGAAUUCAGUUUCUCGUUGGAUAAAUUGUCCAUUUAAAAUUCUGGGAAGAAGGACAGCAGAAGGGUUGUGGAAGGUCGAGAUAAGUAGCUUGUUACAUAACCAUGAGCCUUCCACUGACAUGGCUGGACAUCCAUGUUGUCGUCGAUUUGCUGAAGAGGAAGCCUUACAAGUUAAACAAGUGAGUAGAGCUGGCAUAAAACCACGUCAAAUACUCUCUUCGCUUCGACAAAAGAAUCCUGGUCUUCUAGCUAUUUCCAGAAAUAUAUAUAGCAAGAUAGCUCAAUUUAGGAGGGAGAGUCUAGGUGGCCGUUCAAUUAUUCAAGCAUUAUUAGAUGAGCUUGGUGAUGCUGGUUUUUCUCAUAAUGUCAAAUAUGAUCACUGUGGUCAUUUGACUCAUCUGUUCUUUGCUCAUCCCACUUCCAUUGAGUUGACUAAAAGCUACUCUAAUGUCUUUGUGAUGGAUUGUACUUAUAAGACAAAUAAGUACAAGAUGCCAUUACUUGAGAUUGUAGGAGUGUCAAGCUUCAAUAAAUCAUUUUAUUCGUGUUUUGUUUUCAUGCAGAAAGAGGAACAACAAGAUUAUCAGUGGGCUCUUGAAAUGUUCAGUAAGUUGGUGGGAGCUGAUAAUCAUCUAGUGGCGAUUAUAACUGAUAGGGAGUUGGCAUUAAUGAAGGCAAUACAGGUUGUGUUUCCGAUGACUCCUAAUCUUUUAUGCAUAUGGCAUAUUGAAAAAAAUAUUCUUGCACGUUGUAAGGGUCAGUUUAAGGAAGAUUCAUAUUGGGUUUCUUUUAUGUCUUCUUGGACUGCACUAGUAAAGUCUUGGGAAGUGUCAACGUUCAAUGAAGCUUGGAACUAUUUUCAAAUUGAGUACUGUUAACGUUAGUGAUCCGAGGGAUCUCUAGUUAGCUUAAGUGAGAGAGAGAAAGAGAGAGUGACACGAGAUGUAUAGUGGUUCAUUUCCCGCCUUAGCGGGAAACUACGUCCACUUGAAUGUUUAACUAGUAUGUUCGGGCCUUGCGGCCCAAAGGGAUUACAAAAGAUGUAAUGGGAUCGGUUGUAAUGGAAUGGACUUGUGUUUAAGUGGGAGGAGGCAUUCCUUUUAUAGGUGAAGGAGUGCUCUUCCUUUACAUGGUUUUCGAUGUGGGACAAGCAAAGAUAACUAUUCUAGUGUAGAAAGCCUAGUUUGUGGAGGCAACUUGGCAAGGCCGGAAAGGUGGCUUCCCGGCGGCGGAUUUGCGACUUCCGGAUACCGUAGCGUAGCUUGAACAUAGGGCUACAAGAUGCAAGUAGCGGUUGGGCCUCACCAUGGCUUGUGGGUGUCCCAAAUAGGGUGUUAAUUAUGCUUGGUGAUGUAGAGAACAAGCUUGCCAAUGUAGGUAUAAACAAGUACAAAGACUAUGCGUCAGUUUUGACUUACAUUGGCAAUACUUGGAUUCCAUGGAAAGAAAGGUUUGUAUUUGCAUGGAACUUCACAUUUUGGUAAUAAUGUUACUUCUAGAGCAGAAGGUGCACAUGGAACCUUAAAGAAAUAUCUUCAAGUUUCUACUGGUGGUCUACGUGAAGUGAAUGACAAUAUUUGUCUUGCUAUUCAAAAUCAGUUUCAGGAAAUUAAAACUCAACUUGCAAGUGAAAAGAUUCGUGUUCCUCAAAAGCUUUGCAUCCCUUUCUUUAAAGAGUUGAUUAAUAAGGUAUCUUUCUAUGCUUUGUUUGAGUUACAAAAGCAAUAUUUGUUGGCAAAUACCAAAGACUAUUCAUCUCAAUGCAAGGGGCAGUUUUCCAAAAGCAUGGGUCUCCCCCAUGUGUGCACAUGAUUAAGGAGAUGAACAUUGAAGUGUUGUCUAUAAAUCUGAUUCAUAAGCAAUGGAGGAUUGACACAAGAUCUUUCGGUAAUGAUCAUCAUGCAAGCUUGGAUCAUCAAGAUCCAUUUAGUAGUCUUGUAUCUGAGAUUAAAGAGAAGUAUGAAAAACAG